AUGGAACCAGCAGAUACAACUCGAACUCCUGCGAAUCCAUCAACUGCAGCUGCGAGUGAAGAGAAAUUGAAAUUGACAAGUGUUGUCGGUGGAGAAGCUUUGUAUUUCACUUGGAAACACAACAGUUCUAAUCAUGACACCGUUAAUGUCAUAUUCGAUAUCAUUCACCAAUGUAUGGAUAAAUUUUCCAAUGUAAAAAUGGCUUUUGUCUCCUCACAACAACGUUUGGAGAAAGUUAAUAGAGAGAAUUUGGAAGAAGUCAAAGAUAUAUUAGAUACUUUCAACACAGCUGCAGCUACAAUGUCUAAACUGUGGAAGGGAGCUACAAAUCCUGAAGCGCCUUCUUGGAGUCAAGACGUUGUAGAUGUUCCUCUACUCAUCAAUAUUUGUAGUACCGUUUUCAACAGUGCUGUUUCGAGCGUCAAAAGUUUAAACAGUCACUACGCCCCGUUUAGUUCAGAGGUUUAUGGUGAAACACGCUACGAACAAAUGCAGAAGAUUAUUGAACAACUUAAGUUCAAAGAAUCGGAUGUUUUUGUGGAUUUGGGUUCAGGUGUAGGUCAUUUGGUUUUAUAUGUAGCUGGAGGCACAAGAGUUCGUAAAGCUGUUGGAAUCGAGAAAGCGACAGUUCCAGCAGGAUAUGCGCAGAAAAUGAAGAGCGAAUACAAAAGAUGGAUGGGAUGGUACAAGAAGAAGUCUCGUCAAUUUGAUUUAAUCACUGGUGAUUUCUUGGAUGCCGAGUAUCGCGACCUGAUCACUAAAGAAGCGACAAUCGUAUUUAUUAACAAUUAUGCUUUUAAUCCUGACUUAGAACAGAGAAUCAAAAGAGAGUUAUUAGCUGAGAUGAAAGACGGUACACGUAUCAUUUCAACGAAAGCUUAUGCUACUGGCACAAAAGAAAUCAACGAUAGGUUGUUAAGUGAUGUCGAAGCCCUGCUGGACGUCAGGGAGCUCGAGACUGUUCAAUGCCCAACUUCUUGGACAGACAAACACGUUCCAUACUUCUUACACACAGUUAAUCGAGCUAAGCUCGAAGCCUAUUUUUAUGAAAGAGCAAAGUCUAACUCACAUUCUAAUGAGCACAGUCGUCGUACAUCCAUGUCGAGUAAAUCUAGUCAUAGUAGUAGGGAAGGAAGUCAGAUGGUGAUUGACCAAAAGAUCAAUACUGAUGCCGACAAUGACUUUGAUGAUGAUAGCGCAUUCGGACCAACAACGAGACACAAAUGGAAGGAAUACGUCAAUGAUUUGGAUCGUAAAAAACGUAAAGUCAGUCCAACAUCUAGUCCACGAUGGAAUGAAGCCGAUCGGGAAUAUGUCCCUCCUGGUGCUAAAAAGCCCAAAAAACAAUUAGGAAUGGUCAAACCUGUGAAAAUUCCUUCCAAAAAAGUUCCGACAAAAGUCAAAGUCUUCAAGAAGAUCGCUGCUGCCGAACCGAAAGCUGUACAACAUCCCAAGAGUCGGUUAUCUGAAGAUGCUCAAGUAGGAAUGGAAGUCAUGCACGCCCAAAUUGUUAAUCAAAAGCCAGUCAAAGUAGAAAAUGAAGCUGGCCUGAUCAAAGUCAAUUUGAGUGUUCCUCCUGACUCUCCAGCUUUGCCUGAUGUCACACCCGGUCCAUCUCUUCCAGCAGGAGCAGUAGUUCUUGAUCCUGAACACCCACUCGAUGAGAUGCUCAUUGAACUGAGAAGACUUUAUGUCGAUUACAUGCAACAAAUGAACACUGAUGAAUAUAAACGAUUACUCACUGAAGCUAUUCAAAUUCAAUCGAUGCGCCAACAUGAACUGAUGGACAAAGUAAGAGAGAAAGAAUCUCACUUGGAAAACAUGUUAACCAUGGGAGUCUCGAUGUUACGAUCUCGCUUAAAAGAAUUAGGAAUGGCUCAUGUUGAAACACCGAGUGAACUCUUACAUCAUUCAAAACGAAUAGUUGCCCAACAUAAGGAGCUAACCCAGAAUGUCUCUAGUCGUGAAGCCGAAGUUGCCUGUUUAGAAGGCAAAACAAGAACUAGCGUUUCUUUCGGAGAACUUUUGUUAGAUAAACUAGCCAUGGUUGAUGAAUGUCCUGAAGGCGAGAAAGAUAAAUAUACUUGGUUCAUACAACAGUGCGCAAUGGAAGCUGGUAUUCCUUGCCCACGACUCGAACUUGAAACUGAUACUACUGAAACUACUACUCAUAAUGGAACUACUAGAAGAAGACCUCGUCCUCGCCCAGGUCCUGGUAGAAAAGGAAAAACUGAUGAAAAUAGUGAAGAAUUAGAGAGGGAAGUUCAACGAAUAGUUGAUGCUGCAAUGAAAGUUGAGAACGACGUUCGAGAGAAGGAAUGUCGUGCUCGUGGCGUCGCUAUGAAUGAGAAGCCAGCAAGACGUUCUACUGGUAGCCAAGGACAAUAG